AUGAGGCAGAGCAGACAGUAAGACCAAAGUUUAAAACAGCUUAGAUCGUCUGUUGAGACUAUCCUUUCCUUUAAUACCUAGUAGUUAGAGGGUAAAAAGUUCUAAGAAGGAGAUGAAUUUAUAAGACUCUAAAAAGAAUUCAAAAAGUUGGAAUUAAGAUAUCAAGAUUAGAUUAAGAUUAAUGAUGAUUUAAAGCAAAUGUUUCUCAACGCCUAAUAAAGAAGAGGUUCAGAUAAUGGAGGAUCAUUUGAUGGUUAAAACUUACUACUUCAAUAGUAAGUGAGAAACUUAGAGGAGAGACUGGAGGAUUCCUAUCGUAAUUAGCACUAGUUAGAGAAUUUAAUCGAAGAGUAUGAAGUGAAUCUUAAAAGAAUAGAGGAUAACUAUAAACAGAACAACAAAAAGUUUCAUGAUAUGCAAAAAAAGUACACUUAGUCGGAGCAGUCAAAGCGUGACAUGGAGGCUAAGAUGCUUAAACUAGAGUAGGAGAAGAAUAAGAUAAGUGAAAAAUGGACAAAACUCUCAAAUAAAAACAAGAAUGAGGAGAGAUAGAAGUCAAAAGUGAGACAACUUGAAGUGUAAAAUGACUUCACUCAAAAAGAGAUAAACAGCCUGAGUGAGAAAUUGGAAAAAUUAGAAAGGGAAAAUAUUAUUCUCAGAAAGACUAACGAGGGGGCUAAUGAGAUUCAUUAAAAGCAGCUGAACUAGCUAAGAAAGUUGUAAGAGACAAUUGGUUAGUAUUAAAGUGAAAAGGGCGUAGCUGAUAAAGUAACUAAUGAACUCUUGUCAAGAAUAUCAAGCUAUGAAUAAGAAAUUGAUGAUCUAAGCAGCAGGCUCAACGAUACUUAAAAUAGCAGGUAGAGAGACUCAGAGUUGAACAGAAAUGUUGAGCAUUAUAGCAGAGAACUGCAAUCAAAAGAGUAGAAGAUUUCCAAGCAAGAAGAAAUAAUAAACUCGCUAAAAUAAGAUUUAGAAAGAACAAAUCAGUAGUUAAUAUCCAAGAAUAUGGAGAACUAAUCUUUAAAACAGAGCUUAAACUAACUCUAAGGAGAAAUGAUUAAUCUCUAAAAUGAGUUAGAGGUUAUAAACUAGUAUUAAGCCAUGAAGGAAGAGGCCUCGUAGAGAAAUGAUAGAUUUCCAAAUUAGCAAGUCCAGCUAGCUUUCACAUCACUAAUUCAAUUAUUAAAUACUCCUUUCAGUCCAUUUGAUAUGACUAAUGAAGAGGAUAUAGAUGUCUAUGACCUAAAUGGAUUAACUGAUACUUCUCAAAGGCUAAUCUAUGAUGGAGAAGUAUCAUUUGCUAUUCUGAGGGCUGAGAAAAAGCUCAAUAUUCUGUUCUAAUUCUUUUAAUAAUCAGUAAAUAGUAGUCCUCUUAUGGAGUUUAAUUAAACUCCUCACAAUAGAUUGAGCUCUGGAAGAAUGGAGUUUUAGAGAGAUUACUAGUAGUAGCAGUAAAACUAUAUUAAUCCUUUAAGCUAACUCUAGCAAACUCAAUAUAAAGAUUAAAUGAACCAGCCACUACAAAAUGAUAUGCUGGGAAGAUAGGUAAAGAUUUAAAAUCUUGUGAUUUAAAAUCAUGCUGGAGUUCAAGAAAACAACAAAAUCAUAAACAUCAAUGCAAACUCUCUUGUAUGCAACAAAGAGAACUAGGACAUCAAUGUAAGAUUUAAUAAGAAGCACAACAACAUACCGAAGUUGCACACCCAGUCCUAUGACAACUUCAAUGAUGCCUUCCCAGUUGAUUAGUAAGUUCACACGACUAAAAACUCAGUAGUCAGGAAUUCUUUUUAGAGAAAUGAUCCUGCUAAUGGAGGGAGUUAGAGUAAUGCUAAUAAUUCCAGCAAUGGCUGCAAAUAGCUUGGGCCUAUGAAGAUAUCAAAUACUCCUAAUGCUUUGUUCCAACAAAAUUUCUAAGCUUUUAAGAGCAGAUAGUAACCAUUUUUAUCCUCCUAAAUUGGUGCAAACAGCACCUUAGGCUAGAAUGAUUUGAGCAAGCUAAGCAACAGAAAUUCUUAAUUAAGAUCAAGUGGUGGCUUUGCUGGCGGAGUCUAAGGAGGGCAAGCAUUCUCUCACAGAUCAAAUAGCAUAAACGAGCAGAUCCAUAGGAGAAACUCAGAGACUAGAAAUUCAUACAGAUUUGGUUCUAUAAAUUAAUGA